GCAUAAGGAAGACUUUUGGUGCACGUCUUCUUUCCAGCCAGUGGCUUUGGGGUUUUUGGAUCUCCUCAUCACUGUGAGGAAGGAUGGGGAAGAAACCUAAAAUACACGAGAAAAAGCAUCUCACGUGCUCCUUGAUGCUUGCUGUCUUCACUGCUGUCUUGGCAUUCUUCCAAUUUGGGUACUGCAUUAGCGUUAUCAAUGCUCCCCAAAAGAUCAUUGAGCUCCACUAUGCAAAAGUACUGGGCAUUUCAGUUGACGAUGCCGUAAUAACAACCCACAAUGCAACCAACGCGACAAGUGCUCCACCUCCAGAUGUUGGCAAAGAUCCCAGAAUUACUAUGUUUUGGUCCAUGUCUGUGGCUGCAUUUGCUGUUGGUGGAAUGAUUUCUUCCUUUGCUGUUGGCUGGAUUGGAGACAAAAUGGGAAGAAUCAGGGCCCUGCAACUACUGAACAUCGUCUCACUCACUGGGAAUCUCUUUAUGGGUGUGGCAAAGAUGGGCCCCUCACACAUCCUUGUCAUUAUAGGACGAUUAAUCACAGGACUGUACAGCGGUAUCAUAGCAGGGAUUGUUCCGCUAUAUGUUGGGGAGAUAGCCCCUACCUCCCUUCGAGGAGCAUUGGGAACGCUUCACCAGCUUGCCAUAGUUAUAGGUAUUCUUGUCAGCCAGGUCCUCGGCCUACGCUUCCUGCUGGGGAGUGAAACUCUGUGGCCACUGCUUCUUUGCCUCUCUGGCACUGUUGCGGUGCUGCAACUUUUCUUGCUAUUCCUUUGCCCAGAGAGCCCACGAUACCUGUACAUUAAAGGAGGAAAUGUGGAGGAAGCAAAAAAAAGUUUGCUGUGGCUGAGAGGAAACUAUGAUCCUUCCAAAGAGCUGGAGGAAAUGGAGAGAGAAAAAGAGGAAUCCUCCAAAGAGAAGCCCGUUUCCAUUUGGCAGCUCAUUACUUCCGACACCUACAGGCAGCCAUUCUUAGUGGCUAUUAUGGUGCACUUAGCACAACAGUUUUCAGGGAUCAACGCCAUUUUCUACUACUCUACCGACAUUUUUACUGAAUCUGGGGUCAAAGAACCUGUUUAUGCAACCAUCGGAGUGGGCUUUGUGAACACUUUGUUCACCGUUGUUGCCCUCUUGCUGGUAGAGAAAGCAGGGAGGCGUAUCUUGUUUCUUAGUGGGAUGUUUGGCAUGUUUAUAUGCGCAAUAGUAAUGACAAUUGGACUCAUGCUUCAGGUGACCUAUCCUUGGAUGAGCUACAUCAGUAUGCUGGCUAUCUUCAUCUUUGUCAGUGUGUUUGAACUCGGGCCUGGACCAAUUCCCUGGUUUGUUGUCGCUGAGCUAUUCAGUCAAGGCCCUCGACCAGCUGCCGUCGCCGUGGCUGGCUUUGCCAAUUGGUUCUCCAACUUCAUGGUUGGGAUGUUCUUCCCGUAUAUAGCUAAGUUCACUGGAGCAUACGUGUUCCUCAUCUUUGCUGCCAUGAUCGCUGGCUUCAGCGCUUUCAUAUUCUUCAAGGUGCCAGAAACAAAAGGGAAGUCAUUUGAAGAAAUUGCGGAAGAAUUCCGCCGCCGAAAGAAGGCAGUCGGCAGAGACACAAAAGCUUCUACCGAACUGGAGCAUUUGGGAGGCAACCCCGAGGCCUAGGGACCAGGCAGACCUGGGAAAAUACAUGUAGUAUUCACGCUUCUAGGCGGAGCUUUGAAAAAAAGCAUUUGUUAAAACGUAAAAAAAAAUGGAAAUUGAUACUGGUAUGCUGAGUUUGUAUUGCGACUUCAAGUGGACGUGACUGCGGAGUUUCGUAACGUUUCCUCUUUCCCCAGGAACUUGUUUUGUGUCAAGCUGAGAAGUGUCAGAGUGUCAAGACUGCAGUUUUAAAAGGUGGCGGAGGGAACAGUAGGGUUCCCUAAGGGGGCCCUGGGCAUAAUUGA